CAUCCAUCCCAAAUUCCCACCAACCACCGUUUGCAAAACAAGCCAUCGUCUUUACCACCAGCAGCAACAACAACAACAACCCAAGUCCCCCCUCAUGCCCGUCCCCACCAGCCCUUCAAAAGUUACGAACUUUCUAAAUUCUCAACCCCACAACCCAGUCUAGGCCAAAUAUAAAUUGAAUUCACUUCUGCGCUUUCAAGUUUCACACGCCACUUUUCAAAUUAGCUGGCACUGCAGGCUGCAGCAGCCCACUAAAGCCUACUUCUCCUCUCCUCCUCUUCCUCCUCCUUGUCAGCUGGCACCUGCCACCCUUCUUUCUUUCUUUUCUCUCCCCUGACUUCUUGCCAAGAAAUCCAAAUAAACAAUGGAAUUGGUUACCUCUGAGGUGGGUUUGAAAAUGGAGAGUGGAACCAGGAGGAACCCCACGUUAAUUUGUGCACCUUUAAUGGCGGAUACGGUGGAUCAGAUGCUGAGUUUAAUGCAGAAAGCUAAGCUGAGUGGUGCUGAUCUUGUGGAAAUUAGAUUGGAUUGGUUGAAGAGUUUUAAUCCACGGACUGAUAUUACAAAUCUUAUCAAGCAUUGUCCUUUGCCAACCCUCUUCACUUACAGGCCUAUUUGGGAAGGUGGCCAGUAUGCUGGUGAUGAAAAGAGUCGACUGGAUGCACUUCGUUUAGCAAUGGAGUUGGGAGCUGACCAUAUUGAUGUUGAGCUUAAGGCUAUUGAUGAGUUCAACGAUUCAGUGCAUGGAUAUAGGCCUGCAAAGUGCAAAGUCAUUGUUUCUUCCCAUAACUAUCACAACACGCCAUCUUCUGAGGACCUUGGCAACCUAGUGGCACGUAUACAAGCAAGUGGAGCUGAUAUCGUAAAAAUUGCAACAACCGCUUUAGACAUUACGGAUGUUUCAAGAGUUUUUCAAAUCACUGUGCAUUCUCAAGUAAGAGGCGUUCCCAUCAUAGCAAUGGUCAUGGGAGAAAGAGGUCUAAUGUCUCGUGUACUUUGCCCCAAAUUUGGUGGGUAUUUGACAUUUGGUACUCUUGAUUCGGGCAAAGUAUCAGCUCCGGGGCAACCAACCAUUGAGGACUUGCUGAACUUGUACAGCUUCAGACAGCUGGGGCCUGACACAAAAAUAUAUGGGGUUAUUGGAAAACCUGUUAGCCACAGCAAAUCUCCUAAGUUAUACAAUGAAGCUUUCAAAUCUGUUGGUUUUAAUGGAGUAUAUAUACAUUUGUUGGUGGAUGAUGUUGGAAAGUUUUUCGAGACCUAUUCCUCUACAGACUUUGCUGGCUUCAGCUGCACUAUUCCUCAUAAAGAGGAUGCUCUUAAGUGCUGCGAUGAAGUAGAUCCUGUUGCAAAGUCAAUAGGGGCUGUAAAUUGCCUUGUGAGGAGACCUACAGAUGGGAAAUUAUUUGGCUGCAAUACAGACCAUGUUGGUGCAAUUACUGCCAUAGAGGAUGGAUUACGAGGUUCACGACACUUCAGCGAGUCACCCUUGGCUGGUAAGCUAUUUGUAGUCAUUGGUGCUGGUGGUGCUGGCAAGGCUCUUGCUUAUGGCGCAAAGGAAAAGGGGGCAAGGGUUGUCAUUGCUAAUCGAACAUAUGAAAGAGCUAGAGAAAUUGCUGAUACAGUUGGAGGGCAGGCUUUGUCUCUCUCUGACUUGGACACUUUCCAUCCAGAGAAUGGCAUGAUUCUUGCAAACACUACCUCCAUUGGUAUGCAGCCAAAGGUUAAUGAGACACCGAUUUCUAAGGAAGCUCUCAAACAUUAUGCCCUGGUUUUUGAUGCUGUUUACACCCCAAAAAUUACAAGACUACUAGGGGAGGCACUAGAGACUGGAGCAAAAAUUGUAACAGGAAUCGAAAUGUUCAUUGGGCAGGCAUAUGAACAGUACGAAAGAUUUACUGGGUUGCCAGCACCAAAGGAACUUUUUAGGAAAAUCGCGGCAUGAUGUGGAGUUUAUAUAUCCAGCUUAUCUACAUCUCCGUUAAAAGUUGGGAUUACCAUUUAUGCAUUCUGUGUUAGAUGAUGGAUCAGUAAAUUUUUCCAUUGGUUGCUGUUUUCUGGGUAGUUCAUGUCAUUAAUCAUGAAGUUUGGACAAUCAACCCUUCAAGUUUAGAGGAUACUAUGCAAUUAGAAACCAUUCACGAGAGUUAGGCCUAUGUUAGAAUUUGUCCGGAUUUUCACUUGUAUUCUUUCUAUUUCGUGCUAUAUUAGCCUUGUAACCAUUAGUAUUUGUAACAUAUUUGAACAAAAUGUACUUGGUACCUUUUACUUCUUUUAUGAACCAAAAUUUUUCAGCUGCUUAGAAAGGAUCAAGUGAGCAGCUGUUGUUUGCAAUCA